AUGGGUAGCGCCUUCAGCGGACCGCCCGUAGUGGUGUUCGAUGCUAUCAGCACCGAGGGCAACGCUGUGUCAAGGUCCCUUUUGAAGCACCGGUGGAAGGUCCGCGCAGUGGUGCCCGAUGUCACAUCCUUCGAAGCUCAGCGCCUUCAACAGCUGGGUGCCGAGGUUGUACAGCAUGCAAGCGACGUGAACGGGCUGGCCAAACUGCUCGAUGGUGCGCAUGGAGCUUACUUCACGUUAGAUUCUUUGAGCGUUUCUGCACGUGGAGUACAGCUGGCAGUGAAGAAGUUCGCUGCUGCUGCAAAGCAGGCCAAACUGCAGCAUGUAAUUUGGUCUACAUCUGAAGAUACCUGUGCAAUCAUUCCUAGCGAAUCUACGUCGUUGCCGCUGGACAAGUCCAGAUGCAGAGUACCUCUGUUCGACGGAAGGGGCAGAAGUGAUCAUUAUUUCAGCGAAGCUGAAGUACCAACAACUUUUCUGGUCACAUCGUUCCUUUACGAAAAUUUCUUUGAUUUUGAAGCCCUUGGCCUGGCACCACGAAGAUUUCAGGAUGGUAAGCUUGUUGUUGAGUUGCCAAUCGAAAAGCCGAUGCCAUUGGUCUCAGCAGACGACAUUGGCAACUGUGUCGAUGGGAUCCUCCGUCAAGGCAAGGACAUGGUCGGGAAAUACGUGCCUGCUUGUGGCGACAUACUCACUGGUCCGCAGAUAGCAGAAGUCUUCUCCGAGUACCUGGGAGAAGAGGUGACCUUCAGAUAUUUGCCCCCAGCAGACUUCCGCACCAAGCAUGCUUCCAAGUCUGAGGCGUUGGGACCGAUGUUUCAGUACUUCGCCGACUGCAACCAAGAAGCUUGCAAGAUCCGGAACAUUACAAGAACCCGUGAGCUGGUGGCAGUGCAGCCUUUCCGCGAAUGGUUCUCAUCUGGGACAGACCACGUCCAAGCUUUGCGGCGGAACUCGAAGGUCAUCGUAGUAUUUGGUGCAACUGGUGCGCAGGGUGGUGCGCUAGUGCGUGCUAUAUUGCAAGAUCCGCAGCGAAGCUUUGCCGUCCGCGCAGUCAGCCGAAACGCGUGCUCCAGAGCAUCGAGGGCGCUGGCUGACUUGGGCGCUGAAGUCUUCCAGUGUAAUAUCGAUGACAAGGAACAAGUCAAGGCAGCAAUGAAUGGGGCCUAUGGUGCUUUCUGCAUCACCUUCUUCUGGGACCACUUCUCGCCGGAGAAGGAGCGUGUGCACGCAAAAAUCUACGCUGAGGCUGCGGCGGAAAUGCAGGUCCACCAUGUGAUAUGGUCAACCGCUGAAGAUACGCGUCAAAUUGUGCCACCGCACGAUUCUCGGAUUCCUCGGCUCCAGAAGGGCAGUGUGGUACCCAUGUUCGACGGGAAGGGCGGCAGUGAGAAGUUCUUUCACAACCUUCAUCUCCCAGUUACAUUUCUCAUCCCCGCCUUCUACUUCGAGAACUUGAUCACUUUUGCCAUGGUCCCUAGGAAUGUUUCUGAGCAUCGGACAUUCAUGCUCCCAAUGAAGACUAGGCCGCUUCCAUUGGUGGCUGCCGAGGAUAUAGGUGUUUGUGCAUAUAGCAUUUUCCAAUCAUCUGAUCGAUUUAUUGGCCACUGCGUACCAGUUUGCAGUGAGCUCCUCACUGGCCCAGAGAUUGCGGACCAGUUGUCACAUGCUCUGGGAACUUCAAUAAGCUUUAAAUGCGCUGAUCAGGGCGAGUACUGCAGCAGUGGCAUCCUUGCUGCCGACUAUUGGUACAACGCUUUUCAGUACUGCCGCUACUACAAUGAUAGCUGCGUGAACAUCAGAAACCCCGCCAAGUCGAAGGAGUUGAACCCCGGCAUGCAGGACCUGAAGACGUGGCUCAGCCGGAACAAAAUGUUGCUUGGCCGGAACGAGCCUGGAGCUGGUCAAGUGCUGCCCCACCAGCAGUGGGAGAGCAGUCAGAGUGAUGAUAGUGAUGACGAUGACCUGAUCUGGUCCAAACUACUUUCUUGCAAGGAAGCUGGGUACUUACUCGGCGCGGGUUGCUCUGAAGAAGGCUGUGAGAAGUCCAAGACCCACAUAGUCGAGGAGAUGGGACUGCAGGCACCACAUGCAUACGGAAUCUUGGAUUUUGCAGAGGUGGCUCUUGAAGGGCAGACCGCGCGACUGGUCAAGAUCCGGAAUCCUUGGGGCCAAAAUGCACCCCGCACCUGGAAGGGAAAAUGGGGCAAGGACUGGCCAGGAUGGACGCCCGAGUUGCAGAAGCAGCUGGGCAUCAUCAACAGCUCAGGCGUUCUGAUGGACGACCCCAUGUCCAUUUUUUGGAUGGCCUUCGAGGAUGUCAAGGAGUACUUCGCACAGGUGGAGAUAUGCCGCGUCCACCACAAUUGGCAUGAGGUUCGAGAAUCGGCCUGGCUGCCGUCCGGUGUCGGUGCUGGCCAGGCUUUCGACCUCAUGGUCGAGGAACGAAGCAAUGUCGACGUGGCCUUCUGGCAGGAGAGGCAUGUUCUCCGAGAGGGGGCGCUUGGCGCCCACUGCACCAACCUGGAUGUCGGGCUCGUUGUUGUGCGCGUUCGAGGCUCUGCAGGCUCUGAGGCGUUUGAAUUAGUGGACGUGGCUCUUCGUUCCUUUGAUGACUGUGUCAGCGUCGAAGUCAUCCUGGAAGCGGGUUUACGGUAUCGUGUGAUCCCAAUCUCGUUGGCGCUGCUACAUGGCACAGCUCCCCGAAAGGGAAUCCUGGCGGUGCAUUCCGUGAAGCGGGUUAGGCUGUCGCGCAUCGAAUCUUCUUGGAGACAGGUGGCAAUGGGCCUCUGUCAUGCAGUCAAGAAACGUGGACGCUGCUGGUCGCACCCGCGUAAUGCGGGCGUCAAGUACAGGCAUCAGUUCGAGCCUGGUGGUUGCAACUUCGUGGUUGAGAACUCAUCGUCUCAAGCAGUUGCAAUUCAGGCGGAUGCGGCGGAGUCAAUGGGGUGUACCUUUUCACGUGCAGAGAAAGGCAUCGUCGCCCGCAUUCCACCGUACAGCCAGAGGCUUGUGCUGGCCCUGACUUUCAGUCCUGAGGCUGGCUUCUCCUCAGCGAGCAUUCAGCCGCAGAUGGUACCGCUGGAGAUGUCUCCUGAGCAUGAUCCUUGCGAUGUUGAUGACGUUUGGGAGCUCAGCUGGUGGUUCAAGUGCUAUCCGUUUGUCACUGACAUCGCCGGGAGGAAGCAAGUCGAUAAUAUUUGCAUUGGUGCUGCGGAGCAGGGCGGCGAUCUGGGGACAGACUAUCAAGCAACCGAUCCUUGGCAGGAAACCUGGGGCAGGCGCUCUUCCUUAGACUCUGCUAGCACGAGCGCUGGCGGAGGCGAGCAAACCAAGCAGCCAGAUGCAGCUACUUCUGGCAAGUGGUGGGAAACUCCUUUGGGGUGGACAUGGGGCGAAUCACUUGAUCAAGCUAUUGAAUGGGCAAUCGAGAGAAAGUGGUUCAGUCCGACUAAGGAGUUCUGCAAAUGGUGGAGCGAACAAAACACAGCCGUCAAGGCCGACAGCGUCAGCGUGACUGCCUCCGAAGAAGGCAACUCAACAUCGUCGACGACGACAUCAAAGAAGAACUCUGGGAAGGAGCUUGUCCCGGAGUAUGAUGGAGCGUCCUCGAUGAGGGAGUACCAGAGACGCGUCCGCCUCUUCGAGUCCACGACUUCCAUUGACAAGUGCUUCCAGGCAGGGCGCUUGGUGGAACGGAUGUCAGGCCAGGCAUGGAAAGCCACGGAGACAUUGGACAUCGCCAGCUUGAAGUGCGAUGAGGGGGUUCAGAUACUUCUUGAUCACAUGUGGGCUGAGCUGGAACCUCUAGAGUUUGUCCGUGUCUUCAAGACUUUGCAUGGCUUCUAUGAGCAGUUCAAAAGACAAAGGGGCCAGGAUGUCAUCGCCUACGACUCUGCCUUUCGUGCCCAAGUGAAGCUCUUGGAGGAGGUCGGGGCAGGCAUCGAAGGCCUGACGAAGGGGUACUGGUUUCUGGCUAAAGCCGAGAUAUCUGAAGACAUGCGUCAGAAGAUUGUUUCGGCCUCCGGAGGCAGCUAUGAAUAUGAGAAACUCAGGGACGCCUUGGCGGCUAUCAGUCCGACGGUCAGCCGUUCAGAUGGCCAGACUGAACGCGAAGCCGGGCAGAGCAGACUGUGGAAGGGGCGGCGGUUCGAUCAUCGCGUUAACAUGGUCGGGGACUUCGGAGACGACGACUCUGAGAACGAAGCCCUGGCCAUAGAAGCCGAGGCCCAGGAUGAAAUGGCUAUGGCAGAAGCCAUGGAGCAAGAGGCUUCAGUUUUGAUGACGCAAGCCGCCAAGCGUAGAUCCAUGGUCGAGCGAGCCAGAGGCUUUCAGAAAGCCGAGAGCACAGAGGAGUGCCCCUACUAUGAGGAGACCAAAAAGAAGAAGGAUAAGAGUGCCUUCAUCACCGAGAACGAGCCUGGCGAGGGCAACCAUACGGCCUUUGUAGUUGGACAAGCCAGCUCGGAGGAGGACGACGACAACGACGAUGACGAAGCUUUCCUUGCACAUGGCACCGGCCUGGGGCAAAGAUGCUUGAGGGAAGAGAGCAUUGGUUUGGGGUUGUCCGAUACAUGUUGUGCCAAAACAGUUGCCGGCCAAGAAUGGGUCGCCACCCACGUGGCGAAACUGAAGCAGCGAGGGCUGCCCUACAAGGACAUCACCGAGAGAGAGCCUUUCAGGUUUGGUGGUGGUCCAAAAGUUUUCUCCUCUAAGGCAUUGGUGUUUCCGCUGUGCAUUCCCGGAUGUAAGUUGCCGGUGUUGUUGCGGACCAGCAUCGUCGAUCAGGAGGUGCCGCUGUUGAUCAGCCGCAGUGCCCUGCAAGCCAUGGGCAUGAUCAUGAAUCUGGUCGAUGGCAGCAUGAAGUUCGAGAAGCUGGGUUGCGAGACGGCCCUGGUGACUACGUCAACGGGACAUGUUGGGUUCAGCAUCAUGGCGGCAGAGACAUGCCAUUGGGGAGACAAACUGGACUGGAGCACGGUUGAUCGGGAGAAGGAGGCAGAGAUCUUCUUUGUGUGUGAGUCCGAGGGCACCACCAGACUCAGGAAGCAGGAGUACAUCGAUCGCAUCCUCGAAUCCCCGAAGGUCACCCUGGCGGCGGCGGACUUGCAGUCAAUGUCCCUGGACAGGCUCAAGGAGAUCUACCGGACCUUGAAGCCAAAGAAGGAAGCUGGGCCCUUGCCGGCGGGGUGGAAACGAGGCACGGUCGAGACGCUCCGCAACUUCUACAUCGAGAAGGUUCUUGUCUAUUACCUCCGGGAGCAAGACAAUCACUGGCAGGGAUGGACCAAGAGCCGAUUCAUUUUGGAGAUCGAGAUGUACGAGGCCGACAUCAUGGAGGAGCUUGCCCUGACUGGGACCUCGGCGGCCAUGACCAAAGGGACGUUUCCAUUGUUGAUCGAUGGAAAACCAACAGCGGUUGUCAUGGCGGCCAUGGAGAAGCAGCAGCGGGACAAGGACGGCCCAACGGUCCCGCCGGAGAUGGCCAGGAAGGGUGGCUACGCCAAGUCGCCAGAAGCUUGCGUGGGCGACUCGCAGGGGUCAUGGGAGAAUGUGAGCGAUCGCAUGGCGACCGAGGACAAGGGCGAUCAGAAGUUCAAUGUCAACCUGACAGCAGCGGAGUUGAAGGCCUUAAACGAGCGCCGGAAGACAAAAUGUGAAGCCCCAGGAGUGAAAGAGCCUGGGGAGUGGAAGCCCAGACCGCUGAGCCGAGGUGAGAUUGAGGCCAGAAUCUCCAAAGCACGUGUCGAGAAGAAGAUUAUGAAGCGGGGAGUUGCAAAGCGACUCAUGGGCAACGCAUACAGCAUUUUGCUGACUUUGUCUGCAGUAGCAUCGGGCAUCUGUGGAGGGGGAGCCGAGGAGUUGAACAACGUGCAGCGACAGCAGCAACGUAGGGACGUGGCGAUGGAAGAUGAUGGUCGUCCUCAUGAGGAGGGUGGAGCUCGACUCUGCGAAGAAGGUGUGGGCUUCAACGUGCCAUCCGGGCAAGCCCAUUUUCAAGCGGGGAAGAUUGAGAAGCAUAACCAAAUCCUGAAGAACAUGAUGGAGGGUGUUGUGAAGCAUGCGCAUGUGACUGGUAACGAGAUUGAAGAUGCUGUUAAGGAGACGUGCAUGGCUAAGAACAGCUUGACCCGCGAGCAUGGGUUUUCUCCUGUUAGCUUGGUGUUCGGUCGCGAGCCUCGGUAUGCCGGGGAAGUGUAUGAAGAUGGCGCCCCUGCGUCAUAUCACUUUAGCGUGGCUGAGCGGGAGAGUGAACUCGCGCGUAAGGUCAGAUUCCGUUACUUGGCCAAGCUUGAGUUUAUCAAGCAUCAAACCAGGAGCAUGCUCAGCCGCACUUUGCACAACCGAACCAGAGUUUGCUUGCACCCCAAGAUUGGUGAUCGUGUCUUCUUUUGGAGAGAAUCCAGGAAUAGGAAGAGCGGCGAACAGAUCACCAACUGGAUUGGCCCAAGUUGCGUUAUUGGUUUGCAUAAACGCAACGCUUGGGUGACUUUUGGUGGCCGAUGCUUUCUCAUUGCUCCCGAGCAUUUGCGGUAUGCUAAUGAAGAAGAAUCUAUCAUGUUGGAGCCGGAGAUGCAGAAGGCCUUGCAAGCUUUUCGCCGAGCCCCUGAGGGCGCUAGCUAUGACGAUCUGACUGGUCAAGCCGGAGAGGUGAAAGUUGAUGCUCCCACUAUCCAGAAAGUCAUCUUUAUGACCUUCCUUCACUUGUGCGGAGAAUCUACCGGAGAUCCUCUGUACAUGGAACAGCCUGUGGAGGGCAUUCCAGGUAUGGAAGGCAAGGUUCGGUGCUGCGGCAAAGAAGUCUGCGUCGAAGAAAGGAACGGGAGCCAAUGCAUCGUCUUGAAGCAGAAAGACUUUGUGAUUGGCAAAUUGGAUCCCAUUCCGUUGAGCGCUGACCGUAAGCGUCAGGCUGACAGCACAGCAAACGGUCAGGAACGAACUGACUUUCGCAGCACCAUCGGCAGCCUUCAAUGGCUUAGCGCGCAGAGCAGACCUGAUAUAGCUUUCGAGGUCAACCAACUCCAGAAACGGGUCCCUGAUCUGAGAGUUUUCGAUCUGAUGCGUGCUAAUGCGUUGGUCAGAGAAGUGAAGAGCAGUGACUCGGUGGAACUCGUGUUCGAGAACUUGGGUAAGGAGUGCGAAAUUGUGGUGUUUCACGAUGCCGCUCUUUUCAAUUCUGUCGGGGUUGAGCUAGAAACCCAGGACGCUGAUCAGGUGUUGCUCAGUGAUAAAGAGAAGAGACUUGUGUACUCCCAAAAGGGUGUUCUGGUGGGCUGUGUCCGUAAAGGCAGUACUGCUAGUCAGGGUUCCAAGGCCAUGAACAUCAUCGAGUGGAAGUCGAGCACGAACAAGAGAGUCAUCGAAAGCAGUUUUGCUGCUGAGUCGCACGCUGCGGUUGUUUGUGAGUUUGAUGAAAACGAGUGGCAAGAGAGGGAUGCAGUUCGGGUGACAGAUCCUAUUUGA